AUGGCAACCUUCGCCACCGACUCCAGCGCAGCAGAAGAGGGGUCCAGCCAAGGGGUGGAUUCCUCAGCGACAGCAGAGUUCCAAACGAACGAGACCUCCGAUAUUGAUCCUGAAACAUUCUGGAGAGGCUGCGACUUCCCUGAGAAUUAUCUCCACCACCCACUCGGCACGCCCCGAAUAGCGGCCAUACAAUGGGAGUCCAACAACACGAAGAUCAUUCGGCGUUUCGAACCUGUCGAUUGGAAGCUCGUGCGUUACUACGGCUCGCGGGUGGCCGCGUUGGACGAAGAGGUUCGACAAUACGAGAAAGCCAAUAGCGACAAGCUGCGGCGACUGACAAAGUACCAACUGAGACUUCCCAAUCGCCCUGAAGUCAUGAGUCACUAUGACGUCCUCAUAGCCGAGUUAUUUGAAGCGAGGGCGGAGUACCAUAAGGUAGUGUCUCAGUAUCGAGAGAUGCAACAACUCCACUCGGUCCCGCGACCCCAGGCCAAGAACUUCAUGCUGGACUUGAUGGGACAAGGGAUGUUCGAGAACGAAGACGCGUACGGAUAUAUGAAAGCGCCCGACGACUUCGGAACCGUUGUGAAGCCAUUCCACCCAUGGAUAACGCGACUUUUGUACAGCUCCUUUCACGCAUGGCUUAUGAGUAGGUUUUCUGUCCAAGAAGGCGGCUCAAGGUUGGGGUUGCUCAGCGAAGACGUUGUCAUCACGGUUUUGGGCAUAUCGGAAAGCCUCCUAGCCAUAAUGCUGCUCGCGGUCCCCAUCGGCGUGAUGCUCCUGUGCGGGCUCACCAGGGCCGGGUACUUCGGCCUCAUUGUAGGCUCCACCGUGAUGUUCGCCCUCGUUGCCUUGGCCGCCGCAAAGAAGGUGGAUCACCACUACAUCUAUGGAUAUAUGGCCGUCCUGGUCGCCUUAGCUGCCCAGUUGGCUUAG